AUGGCUAAUAAAUCCAUCAAGCGCUUUUUGAACGAUUUUAGGAGCGGUGUGUUGAAAAGGGAGGAAUCAUAUCGUAAUCUUGUUGGCGGCAUUUUAAAUCGUUACCAGUGGUCCAAAGCAGAAAAUAGAGCAGAAGGAAAUGAAUUUAAAGAAAAAGAUUAUGAUAAAUUGCGAAAAAGUGAUUCCCGAAUAAGCAAAUACAGUUUAUCAGAGGAUGAUUUGAGCAAUAGUAAUAGAUGGAUGCCAGAAAUUGCUUGGUUAGCUAAAGCUCUUGAACCCGCUUUACAAUUUUACAAAUGGGCUCUCCCAACAGGUAAUGGAAUCGGAGAUAAACUGCCACCUACGAACAGAUCUAUUGCUGAGAUUUUUGCUAGUAUACAAAGGAGUAAACUUGGACUUCAGGAUUGGAGUAUCAGUGAUCUUACUAUAGGCUUAUAUCUCAUAUAUCUUCAACAAGCAUCCACAAGUCCAGUUGAGGAUCUGAAGGGUGAAAUAAUCUCCUCAGAAUCAAUUGUUCAGGAUCUCAUCUACCACAUAGAACUAGCAAAGGGGUGUUAUAGAGAUAGUGCCGCUGGUCUUGCAAGGAAUAGCAUGCUCCGAGAAAGUAAUGUUUUGAAGUUUAUUAAGAACUCUAGUGUCUUGAGGCCUGGAUAUUAUAUAGGUAUUGAUAUGCGGAAUAAACUCGUGAUUCUUGGCAUUCGUGGAACUCACACGGUAUAUGACGUUAUCACUGACAUUGUUUCUUCAAGCCACGAAGAAGUCACUUUUGAAGGUUAUUCAACCCACUUUGGUACAGCCGAGGCUGCUCGUUGGUUUCUAACUCAUGAGAUAGGAACCAUAAGAAAGUGCCUAGAGAAACACAAGGGAUUUAGAUUAAGGCUUGUGGGUCAUUCACUGGGAGGUGCAACGGCUUCUUUACUUGCAAUGAUGCUCCGUAAAAAGUCAUAUAAUGAGCUUGGAUUCAGCCCUGAUAUAAUUUCCGCAGUUGGAUAUGCCACCCCUCCUUGUGUCUCCAAAGAACUUGCUGAAAGUUGCUCUGAUUUCGUGACAACAGUGGUGAUGCAGGAUGAUAUAAUCCCAAGAUUAAGUGUUGCUUCUUUAAUAAGAUUGAGGAAUGAAAUUCUUCAAACCGAUUGGGUAAGUGUUCUUGAAAAGGAAGACUGGAAAGGCGUCAUUGAUCUAGUCACUAAUGCUAGGCUGGUUGUGUCAUCUGUACAAGAUGUGGCUCGAAAACUUGCUGAAUAUGCCAAAUUCAGAGGGCAGACGAAACGUUCUGAGUUGCUCACGAAGGGGGAAGUUGAAGUGGUUCAAAGCAUUCCUCAAACUUCUAAUCCUGCAGGCACGGGCUGUGAUAUUUUAAAAUGUGAUAAAACUGCCUGUGAAGUAGCUGAGUUAUAUGUACCUGGAACUCCUUAUCAUUUGAAGAGGAAUAUUAUUGCCAAAAGCCACGACAAAAGAGAGGAAUUUUUCACACUGUGCAAGAGACAACCAGGUGAACAUUUUCAGAGGAUAUUGCUUUCAAGCAACAUAAUUUCAGACCACAAAUGUGAUAGCCAUCUUUAUGCUCUGAGAGAUGUACUUAAAGGUUUGCCUGCAUCUUUUGAUGACAGAAAUUUGAAUUAA